CCCAAUUUUCUUCACCAUCUCUCCUCCGUCGAGCUCCUACCGAUCUAUUUCGACAACAACUCGAUUUACAGAUUCUCUAUUUUGUCUUUGAAUUUCCCUUCUUCUUCUUCUAAUUUCUUCAAAGGAAACAGUGAUCGCUGAUUUUCUCGGAUGCAGUAGAAUUGCGAGUUCAGUUGAAAUGCUCAGUCUUCUCCAAUUCUGACGGUACAAUACGAACAAUUCAGUAGCCGGUAAUCCAUAUCGACGAAUGAUACUGUGGUCGGUAAUAAUGAAAUUAGAUAAUCAUGGAUGGCUAUGCGCUUAAAGCUGUGUCGGACUUGCCUCCUGUUUUCCGUUCAACUUUCAGUUUCAGAUAUUUUAACUCACUGCAGAGUGAAUGCUUUCCUGCUUGUUUCUUGUCGGAUGUGAACAUGGUAAUCUCAGCGCCAACGGGAAGUGGAAAAACAGUGCUUUUUGAACUAUGCAUUUUGAGGCUUCUCUCAAGGUUUAUUUCAGGAGAGGGAAAAUUUAUUCACAUAAAGGGGUCUCUGAAGACUAUAUAUGUUGCACCCUCAAAAGCAUUGAUACAAGAGAAGCUUCGUAAUUGGAACCAGAAGCUUGGUUCAUGGGGGAUAAAUUGCUUGGAACUGACAGGGGACAAUGAGAACUACAAAAUCACAGAUAUACAGGACGCUGAUGUAAUUCUUACCACUCCUGAGAAGUUUGAUGCUGUGACUCAUUAUCGCAUAAAUGAUGGAUGCCUGAGUUUUUUUGGUGAUAUUGCAUUGGUGCUAAUUGAUGAAGUCCAUUUCUUGAAUGAUCCUCGUGGAGCAGCUUUGGAGGCAAUUGUCAGUAGAAUUAAAAUGCUUUCUCGUAAACCUGAACUGAAAUCAAGUGCUCUAGCUAAUGUCCGUUUUUUAGCUGUUUCUGCAACCAUUCCCAACAUUGAUGACCUUGCGGAAUGGCUCAUGGUCCCCAAGCAAGGAGUAAAAAGGUUUGGGGAAGAAAUGAGACCCGUGAAGUUGACUACCAAAGUUUUUGGAUACACUCCGGCGAAGAAUGACUUUCUAUUUGAAAAGCGCCUACAGAACUAUGUCUUCGGUAAGCAUAAGAAGCUAGUUGUGACAUACCUCCUAUUUUCAAUUUAUUCUUCCUUACUAUGUUCUAUUCAAUGUCUAGCACUAAGCAUGAGAUUUUGUACAGAUAUUCUCAUGCAACAUUCUAGAGGAAAAUCUGCUCUAGUUUUUUGCUCAACCAGAAAAGGAGCACAAGAGGCAGCACAACAGCUCUCUCAGACAGCAAUGACCUUUGGUCAUUCAAAUCCUUUCAUCAAAAGUAGAGAGCAACAAGAAAGGUUGAGGGAAGCUUCACUAUCAUGUAGAGACAAACAAAUGCAGUCUUAUAUUCUGUAUGGUGUUGGUUAUCACAAUGGUGGUCUUUCCAUGAACGACCGCAACCUCAUUGAAGGCCUCUUUCUGAAUGGUGAUAUUCAAGUGCUGUGCACUACAAAUACUCUUGCCCAUGGAAUUAAUCUACCAGCACAUACCGUUGUGCUUAAAUCAACUCAGUACUUCAAUAAGGAAAAAGGGAUUUACAUGGAAUAUGACAGAUCAACCGUCCUGCAGAUGUCAGGAAGAGCAGGUCGACCACCAUUUGAUGACACGGGAAUGGUCAUAAUCAUGACCAGAAAAGAAACUGUUCACUUGUACGAGAAUUUAUUAAGUGGAUGCGAAUUGGUGGAGUCACAAUUGCUUCCAUGUAUUACAGAGCACCUAACAGCAGAGAUUGUUCAACUGACCGUGUCAGAUAUAACAGGAGCAAUUGAAUGGAUGAAAUGCUCAUUUUUGUAUGUAAGAAUAAGAAAGAAUCCAGAGAAAUAUGCAGUGAGGAAGGGGCUAACUGGCGACCGUUUAGAGAGGCAUAUGCAAGAUAUUUGUGUUCAGAAUGUAAAUGAGUUGUCAAGGUAUCAAUUGAUUUGGACAGAUGAAGAUGGUUUCCUCUUAAAGCCUCUUGAACCUGGAAAGUUGAUGACGAAAUAUUAUCUGAAAUUCGACACGAUGAAGCACAUCAUGCAAGCCCCUGGAAACUGUAGCAUAGAGGAUGCACUUCAAAUAAUUUGCCGUGCUGAGGAACUUAGCUGGAUACAAUUGAGGCGCAAUGAAAAGAAGCUCCUGAAUGACAUAAACAUUGACAAAGACAAUCGGCUCCGCUUUCACAUCCUUGGGGACAAAGAGAAAAGAAAAAAGCGGGUCCAAACCAGAGAAGAGAAGAUAUUUGUUUUGGCAAAUGACUGCCUAACGGGGGACCCUUUAGUCCAUGAUUUAUCCCUUAGCCAGGACAUGAACUCUAUAUGUGCAAAUGGCUACAGAAUUGCAAAGUGCAUGAAAGAGUAUUUCCUAUACAGGAAGAACUAUCAAGGAGCUUUGAGUUCAGCACUUCUAACCAAAUCUUUGUAUCAAAAGGUCUGGGAUGACAGUCCGUACUUGCUGAAACAAUUGCCUGGUAUUGGAAUGGUGACAGCAAAGGCACUGCAUUCAAUGGGAGUAAAAUCAUUUACCUCACUCUCCGAUGCAGAUCCAAGGAAAAUAGAGAUGGUCACUGGCAGAAAAUAUCCUUUCGGGAAUCAUAUAAAAGAGUCAUUACUAUCACUACCCCCAGAAGUUGAGAUGAGGGUUGAGGAAACUGAGAGCCAAAGGCAAGGGAAGUCCAAGGUUAUGGUAACACUGACUAGGUUGUCACAACCUGUGCAAACAACUAAACGACAUUAUGCUGAUAUGGUGGUUGGGGUUGAAGAAGAUAAUCUGGUACUGUUUCAUGAGAAAAUAAGGGUGGAUGACUUUCCUAGCCCUUAUAGCAAGACAGUUAUGGUGCCAAGUCCUCAGCAAGGGAAGCUGACUGUUAAAGCAGAUCUGAUAUUUGAUGAAUUUAUUGGUGUUGAUCUCCAUCAAAAGGUUGUAUUGAUAAAGGUGAUUGACCUUAAUUUUGUGAUGAAGUACAGAACCAAGCAACCCUCUUCCUUCCAGAACAAUGAUGACUGCAUCAUAGAGGUCACAGAAGAUGCAGCUCAAGCAUCAUACCAAGUGUCUCACAGUUUAACUGAAGCUGGUUGGAGCUCAGACAUGCCCAGUUUCAAGCUAAUAGAUGAAGAUCUAGACAAAGUGGUACCUGCUCCUGCGGUCGAAGAUGAUGAAUGCAGAAUCAUAAACGAAAAUACGAUAUUUGACCAUAUACGUGAAAAGGCUAAAAACCUCCCUGCUUUGACCUCACUGAAAGAUUCAUGUUCACCAUCAUUAGAGACUUUGAAUCUCAUCAGAAAGCGCACUCGUGAGAAACAGCUUCUUGUUGAGAAUGCUGUAGGAGUAUCUGAAGAAGUUAGAAGAACCAAAGUCCCAUGUCACAGCAUGGUCAUUCAAUCUGCAGAAUAUAUCGAUCUAGAAGAAAAUAGACCAUUUUCUAACAAAAAUCAUAGACCAGAUCCUUACGUCUCUUCGGCUAUUUACCUGACUAGUGACACAGGUAAGCUUUCCUUUGAGACUGGGAGUGUUCCAUUUGAAACAAUGGAUGAAGGAAUGAUAUUCGAAUAUAAGCCUGUGGAUUCUAAGAUCUUCCACAGCAUUGAGAAUGUGAAGAACACAGGAUCCGAGUUACUCAGUAUGGCCAAUGAAACCUUCAUAAUACACCAGCCUGAGCACAAUUCUGCCAUCCUUGGGUUUCAAGAGACAACUCCAACAAAAGUUGUGGAAAAUGCAAAAGUUGCGGAAAAUGCAGCAAUUAAACAAAUUGAAGAGGUUGAGGAUCUAACUCUUCAUGGAUACACACCAGGUACAAGUGAAAAAAAUGAUCUUUCUAUGGAAACCUCAAGAAAAGAUGCAGUGGGAAGAUCAAGAUUGUUGUCAGCUGCAAAUGCUUGCUUUAUAAGGAAUAAAGUUAAAUAUCCACUAUGUUCUCCAAGUUUCCAGGAACAGGACACUUCUUCAGUACAAGUUGGAGAAAUCAGCCAACCAAAUCCUUUUCUUGGGUUUAAAAGCAUUUUUACAUUUCUGUUUGAGUGAACAUGGUGGUAUCUACAAUAUGUUGAAUCCAAUGACUUGCAUAUUGAGAACUAUAGGAAGAAGUAAAAACUGGACGAGGAAAUUUUGUCUGGUCUCCUUUGCUUAGUUAAAUAAAAUUACUUUCUCCACAGUAAUGUUCAUUUAGAAGGUAUUGCCUUGUGAUUUAUGACGUAUAAGAAUUUCUACAUUAUUAGCAUACUCUCACUUAUUAUA